CUGAAUACAACCCUAGAAAUAUAAGUGAAGAAAAAAGUAAAAUGGCGUGAAAAUUGUGUUGCUGCAUAUUGAAAAUGCUCACAAAAUUUUACAAAAAUCAAUUAAAAUAUCAUAAUAAAAUAAUUUAAUUUUAAAAAAUUAAAAAAAGUGUUUGUAAUUUUAGAAAAAUUUAUUAUUAAUCAAGCUAUAUAAAAGAACUACGGUGAAAAAAGUCGUGAAUAUAAUUACGUGACUGGAAAAAAGCAAAAUGCAGAAACAGCAAUUUAUUGAAGCAUUUCUCUUACCACAAACAUAAGAGCGAAAGAGAUGACAAAAAUACACCAACAAAAAUAACGCGUAAAGAAAAAAUUGACAUUUCAACGAAAACGAAUUGAAAAAAAGAACGUUUGCGGUGACCAGAAAAAUUUGUGAAAUUUUCUAAAAGAAAAAUAAUAAUAGUGAAUAAAUAAAACAAAAUAAAAAAGAAAAUAUAUAUGAAAUUAUAGUUACUAUAAAAAAGCGUAAUAAAAUUUAAUUUGUUUGUGUAUUUCAACACAAAAACAACAUUUGUUUACAUUCGAAAACAAAAUUUGUAAGGUUCUAGAUCUAGAACUUUUAGUGUUAAACCCAAUUUGAAGUAUAAUUUCGUGUUUGUUUUGCAUACGAAUUAUUCAAUAUAAUAUCGUUUAAAGUAAUUUAUAAUGUCCGGCGGUGGACGAGACUCCACUAGCAGUAGUGGCACCAACAGUAGCAGUGGUAGUAAUGGUGUCUCUUCCUCAGCAGUGGCUACCACUCCCACAUCCACCGGCCAGUCAGCGAAUCAAAGAUCUCGGGGUCGUCCCGCUAAGCGGGCCACCUGUACCUGGUGUGGCGAAUGUAAACAACCUUUGCAGUACGUAUUGCCCACCCAAAAUGGUAAAAAAGAAUUUUGUUCGGAAACCUGUAUAGCGGAAUUCCGUAAGGCUUACAGCAAAGGAGCCUGCGCUCAGUGUGACAAUGUUAUACGCGAGGGAGCUCCUAAUAAAGAAUUCUGUUCGUUGAUGUGUAUGAAUAAGCAUCAAAAGAAGAAUGGCUCCACCCGUUCCCUCAAUAAUGGUACACGUACGGAUGGCGCCAAUGUAGGCAAGAAUAUGGGAGGUGGUGGUUCCUGCACACCCACAGGACCAUUUCAAUAUGAAAGUUUUCAUGUUUUCGAUUGGGAUGCUUAUUUGGAGGAAACUGGUAGCGAAGCUGCUCCGGCCGAUUGUUUUAAACAAGCUCUAAAUCCACCCAUGAAUGAUUUUAAGAUUGGUAUGAAAUUGGAAGCUUUAGAUCCGCGUAACGUUACCUCCACAUGUAUUGCCACUGUGGUGGGUGUUCUUGGCUCACGUUUACGUCUGCGCCUUGACGGCAGCGACAGUCAAAAUGAUUUUUGGCGUUUAGUUGACUCGAAUGAGAUUCAUGCCAUUGGUCAUUGUGAAAAGAACGGCGGCAUGUUGCAACCACCACUUGGCUUUCGCAUGAAUGCCUCCAGCUGGCCCGGUUACCUCUGUAAAAUUUUAAACAAUGCCAUGGUAGCACCGGAAGAGAUUUUCCAACCAGAACCGGCCGAUCCGCCAGAAAAUCUCUUUCAGGUGGGCCAAAAGCUCGAGGCGGUCGACAAAAAGAAUCCUCAAUUGAUUUGCUGUGCAACAGUUGAUGCGAUUAAAGACGACCAAAUCCAUGUGACAUUCGAUGGGUGGCGCGGAGCGUUCGACUAUUGGUGCAGCUACAAAUCUCGGGAUAUUUUCCCAGUUGGUUGGUGUGCCCGUAGUUGCCAUCCAAUGCAACCGCCCGGUCAUAAAUCACGCAUGGAUUCCAGUUCGAGUAAACAUCGUAGUCCACGUCAACGUUAUGCUUUGGUCCAAGAAACCGAUGCCAUGGUCCCAGCCACACCCGUCACAGCUCACUUUCAUACCAAUUGUAAAGGUGGUCCGUUCAUCAAUAGCUCAAAGCUUCCAUCAAUGGUUACGGGUCCCACACAUCAGACCUUAUCGAAAUUAUGCCUGCAAGAGGUAUUAGCAGCUAGUACGGAUACACAACAAUUAUCGAAACUAUUGUUUGCUUUGGAUGGUGAUGUCCAUAUUGUUACAGCGGCUGGGAAAAAUUUUACGGUUAAAAUACCGUCACCAUUACGCAUGAAAGAUGAUGAAAGUUUGGCACAAUUUAUUGAAACAUUAUGUACAACAUGCAGGGCAUGUCCAAAUCUAAUUUCACUCUCACCUGAUACAGAGGACUGUGAAAAAUGUGCAAAUACCAAGAAAAGGCAAUUGACACAAACUGGGGAUUGUUCGUCGGCAGCGGUACCAGAAAAACGUAGUAAAACACCAGCUAGUGCUGAGAAAAUCAACAUUAAACAAGAAGUGGCGACAUCAACGACUACAGCCAAUACAAGUGUGGAUAAUUUUGGCAAUACAAGUAAUAGUACACAAGCAACAUCUACAACAACAUCUACAGUCUCCACAACUUCAUCAUCACUCUCAUCAUCGUCUUCUUCAUCAUCGUUAACAUCUUCUCUAUCGACAACAAAAGCUAAUCUAAACAAUGCGAUUAAUCAGCAAACGCAACACAGUGGUGUGUCAACGCUAAAGCAGCAACAACAGCAUCAAGCAAAUCAUACAAUUAUUACAAGUAGUAGUAUUAACAGCAACAAUAGUACCCCAAUAAGUGGUACAGCAAUUAUGUCAACAUCAAAUGGCACUACUAGCAAUAGCAUCAACAACAACAACAAUAAUAUAUUGUCAAAUGUUCACAUUAAAACUGAACCAAAUAUCAACAAUACAAAUGGCAUACAGACCGCUUCGCCCGUACAAGCUCUAAGACAAAUACGUAUACAUCAUUUAAGUGGUAAUAUUGGCAGCAAUGUUUCCACUGUAACAGGCACAACAUCAACCACAACCAUGGUUGUAAAUUCUCAUACUGAUGAACAAAAACAUUCUACUCUUACCUCAAACUCGAAUUUCAAAUAUUUAGCACCUCUGGUUGCUGAAGUGCAUCCAGAACAGUCUAAUAUAACGGCAGCUACUGCUGCUGCCGCCUCAACAACAUAUAAAUCUCCUUCCACAUUGUCAUCAACUGCUUCGUUACCUACAUCAGUAUCAACGCCGUUUUGUGCUUCACAAUCGGCUUCAUCAACAGCUGCUGCUGCCACAGCUGUUAUACCUUCCACAUCAACAUAUGGCCCCUCCACAGUUACUAUACCCAUACAACAUGUAGUGAAUGCAGCAAAUGGUGCGUUGGGUGGUGUGGUGGCGACGUCAGCGGCAUUGCCGCCAUUACGAUCCCAUCCCGGGGACUGGUCUAUUGAAGAAGUUAUACAAUUUAUAGAAAGUAAUGAUAGUUCGUUAGCUGUACACGGUGAUCUCUUCAGGAAACAUGAAAUUGAUGGCAAAGCCUUGUUAUUGUUAACCUCCGAAAUGAUGAUGAAAUAUAUGGGUCUCAAACUUGGACCAGCCUUAAAAAUUUGCAAUUUAGUUAAUAAAGUUAAUGGGCGUCGUAACAAUAUGUCCCUGUAAAUAUUCCAUGAUAAAUCUCCAUUCCUAAUUAUCCUAAUUAACACCUCUACCUAAUCCAUCAACCAACCAACCAAUCAAACCAAUUAUUAUAAAAAAAACUACUAAUUACCCUUAAC